AUGAUUAGGUCUACACUAAGUAGCUGGAGGGAAUAUCUAACUCCCAUAACACAUAAGUCCACCUUCUUAACCACGGGUCAAAUAACUCCUGAAGAGUUUGUACAGGCCGGUGACUACCUAUGUCAUAUGUUCCCCACUUGGAAAUGGAAUGAGGAGUCUUUGGACGUUAGUUACAGAGAAUUUUUGCCGAAGAAUAAGCAAUUUUUGGUUAUUAGGAAAGUCCCCUCUGAUAAACGUGCCGAGCAGUGUGUCGAAGUUGAAGGAACUGAUGUAGACGUGAAAGACUUUGAAGGCGAUGAAGAUGAAGAUGGUGCUUUGGAAUAUAUAGGUGCUAGAACCGAACACGUAAAAAGUACGCCGGAGGGGAGAACUGAGGAUGCACACAUUGACGAUAUCGAUGAGCUGAUACAGGACAUGGAAAUCAAAGAUGACGAUGAAAAUGAAGAAGCAGAGGGGCAUAAUGCUGCGAACCCCUUAGCUACAGAUAUUGCUCAGGAAAGGUACUACGACCUUUAUAUUGCGUACUCGACCUCUUAUAGGGUUCCCAAGAUGUACAUAGUAGGGUUUAAUGCCGAUGGUUCACCACUAACACCCGAGCAGAUGUUCGAAGAUAUAUCAGCGGAUUAUAGAACAAAAACAGCCACCAUCGAAAAGCUGCCUUUUUAUAAAAAUUCGGUACUAUCUGUUUCUAUUCAUCCAUGCAAGCAUGCUAACGUGAUGAAAAUUUUGCUUGAUAAAGUUCGUGUGGUUAGACAGCGAAGAAGAAAAGAGCAGCAAGAAGAACAAGAACAUAAAGAGGUGGACGGUGUGGGAGAUUGGGAGGAUUUACAAGACGAUAUCGAUGAUUCGUUACGUGUGGACCAAUAUUUAAUUGUGUUUUUGAAAUUCAUUACUAGUGUUACACCUAGUAUUCAACACGACUAUACCAUGGAAGGUUGGUAA